AGGAAGGGGGCGGGGCCACACAAACGAGCAGACAGACGCGGAAGCCUCAGGCGCCCGGAAGUGGCUGGCUGGGGGGGGGGAGGGAGUGCCUGGCCGCAGCGGCGCCUGCGCGUUGCAGUCGGACGCUGCCUCCGCUUCCGUCCCUGGCUCCGCAAGCGGCCGUAGCAGGUACCGUAAUGGGCGGACGAGAAGCGCAGGAGGUUUUGUCUUUCCUUCCUCUCGGCCUCCUCUUCAGCGUCUCCCGCGCAGCUCCCGCUUGAGCCUCGUCCCUCAGUCACGGAGAGCCCUCGGGCGUCUGAUUCCACAGGUGCCCCCCCACGCCUCUUUAACCCUUGAGGAGAAAAGCGAGCGGGGAUAAUCAGGGUUUCCCAAACGCUGGGUGUCCAGCUGCUGGUGGACUACAGUUCCCAUCUCCCCCGGUCGCUGGUCUUGCUAGCGAGGGAUGAUGGGAGUUGUAGUCCCUCCAAGAAAACAGCUGCGGACCCAAGGUUGGGACUCCCUGGGUUAAAUCGUUCAAGCGCGCAUGCGCAGACGGGAGGGUUGGGGUCUCUUCUUACCUGACAGGAGGCCCGUUUUGAAAUACUUAUUUUACGUCGUCCUCUUUUCCUGAAACAACGGAGGCUUCGGCGAGGCGAGAGAACGGUAUUCGCGUGGCAGCCCCGGCCCUGCCUGGGAGCCAGAGCAUAGCUGUCAACUUUUCCCUUUUCUGGCGAGGGAUCCUAUUCGGAAUAAGGGAAUUUCCCUUUAAAAAGGGGAGACGUUGACAGCUAUGAGCCAGAGGGAGGAGGAGGAGGAGGGUGCCUCUGUCCAUGCGCAGAGUGCAUAAGGGCAGUGAUGCUAAAUAGGCACGCUUGCGUGUUCCCUUCCGCGCAAAAUGGGGAGUCAGGCCCGGGUGAAAGCAACCGGAGGCCCUGGGCCGGGAGCCCAAACUGAAGGGCAUCUCAAAACAAAAGCUCGCUCUCUUCUUUAUCGAGCUCGAUGAAAGUCGAAUAUCUCUGAAAUGUUAGUAUUGAUUAAAAAAAUAUUGCUUAUAAAUUCAUGACCUUUUAACAAGUUUGCAAAAAUACGGCAUUUACAAAGACAUUCACUCCUAACAUUCAAAGGGAAAUUGUAGCUAUGUGGUAACAUUACACAAAAUCAGGCCAGUCACAGGCACCUACGUCAUGUGUUUGAUGUUACAGAACAGCUGUGCCUAAAUAGUAAAAUAUGCCUGACUGUUUUUUUUAAAAUGGCAAGAGGCCCAAUUCCCCGCUAGAUUAUGAGGCACUAGGCUAGGGCUACAGCCCACUACUCAGCCCAUUGUACAUCUGGCACUGCUCAGAGUUUAAAACUAGCCACUCGGGUGCUUUCUUCCCCAGCAGCUGUGUUCCUGCAGUGGUGAUCUAGAUCGCCUUCCGUCCCCCUUGAACAAAAUGAGUCCAUGUACUGCUCUCCCCAUCCCUCCCAUAUUCCUAUUCUGAUAGGCUGAAGGGAAAGGUGCUGCCUAGUUGCUUCCCCACUAACCUACUACAGUGGUACCUCGGGUUACGAACUUAAUUCGUUCUGGAGGUCCGUUCUUAACCUGAAACUGUUCUUAACCUGAAACUAAUGGGGCCUCCCACUGCUGCCGCGCCACCGGAGCACGAUUUCUGUUCUCAUCCUGAAGCAAAGUUCUUAACCCGAGGUACUAUUUCUGGGUUACAGAGUCUGUAACCUGAAGCGUCUGUAACCUGAAGUGUAUGUAGCCUGAGGUACCACUGUAGUUGAUCACUUGCUACAAUAAUGUCAGCACACAAACUGAACACGCCACAUUGUUCAGCUGGUGGCAGGAAGCAGGCUGUUGUGUGCGCUCUCUUUUUUUCAAAAAAAGGAAAACUUCAGUGCAUAAGAAAACUCCCUGAUUAAAUUGCCUAAAAGCCUUCGUUGUGCAACAAGGCUAAGGGUGGCUGCAACAAAAGAAACUUCAAAAAAAAAAAUCUGCAAACUUUAUCUGUUCCUCCUUUCUAGCACACACAGUUUUUGAUGCGACUGGUACUCACAGUCUCACUAUGUCAUAUUGUAAUAUUCAGAUCUCAAUCCACAGGCUGCAGCUUAACAGCUGCCACUUCAGCAAGAAAUAAUAAUGUUACGUGCCAAGAAUGGACUUCUGCGCCUCUGGCCCUCCUGUUACAGGAAAGAAGCAGGGCCACACCUCCGUGAGCAGUUUUGGCGUUCGCUCCAUGAACAGGUACUCCACCCAGAGUGGGUGGCCAUGGCCAAAAAGCAGUUAAAGGGCAAGAAUCCAGAGGAGCUGAUAUGGCACACCCCAGAAGGAAUCGCCAUCAAACCGUUGUACUCUACUCGGGACACAAAGGACUUUCCUGAGGAACUACCUGGCGUCAAACCCUUCACCCGUGGUCCUUACCCUACCAUGUAUACCUAUAGGCCUUGGACCAUCCGCCAGUAUGCUGGUUUCAGUACUGUUGAAGAAAGCAAUAAAUUCUACAAGGACAACAUCAGGGGUGAGACACAGGGCUAAGGGAAUGGGGUGGGGGGAAAUAUUGUCUAGGGCAGGCUUCCUCAACCCCGGUCCUCCAGAUGUUUUGAGACUACAAUUCCCAUCAUCCCUGACCACUGGUCCUGCUAGCUAGGGAUCGUGGAAGUUGUAGGCCAAAAACAUCUGGAGGGCCAAGGCUGAGGAAGCCUGGUCUAGGGCUGCAGUCCUAACCCCACUAACCUGGGAGUAAGCCCCAUUGAAUUCAGUAAGACUUACUUCCGAGUAGGCAUGGUUAGGAUUGCACUGGAGUUUUGGGACCAAAGUAUUUCAUGUAUAACUGUGAGAGCAAUCCUAGGCAUGCAUACUUAGAAGGAACCCAGGACACUUCUUCUAAGUAGCUAUGGAUAGGAUUCUGCUGUAAGAUUUCAUCACUGUGCACCCUUACUUGGGAGUGGGGAGCACUGAGUUUGAUGUGCAGGAUCAGGCAUAUAGUUUUAAGGGUAGGUCUGGAAGCAGAAUAUUUGAUCACUUGCAUAUUCUUAUAUUAGCUCUCAGAGGUCAGUUUUUUAGUUAGAAACUACUGCUAACAUUUAUUGUAUGAUUCUUGUUCAAAUGCUGCCAGAACAUGUGCAGCUUGUGAUUCAGUCUGACUCUUAAUUAAGAUGCGUAAUAUUAAGGGGUUUUAUUUUAACUCUUUUGUUAUUAAUCUUUUUUUUUUUUUAAUGGGACUAGCUGGCCAGCAGGGUUUAUCCGUUGCUUUUGAUCUGGCAACUCACCGCGGAUAUGAUUCAGACAACCCCCGAGUCCGUGGAGAUGUUGGAAUGGCUGGAGUUGCCAUUGAUACAGUAGAAGAUACCAAGAUACUUUUUGAUGGGAUUCCUUUGGAGAAGAUGUCUGUUUCAAUGACAAUGAACGGGGCAGUAAUUCCUGUCCUAGCUACGUUCAUCGUAACUGGGGAGGAACAAGGAGUGCCACAAUCCAAGCUCACUGGGACAAUACAGAAUGAUAUACUGAAAGAAUUCAUGGUUCGAAAUACAUAUAUUUUCCCUCCAGAACCAUCAAUGCGGAUAAUUGCUGACAUAUUUCAAUAUACAUCAAAGGUAUUAUUUGCUUUAAAAAGGUAAAGGUACCCCUGCCCGUACGGGCCAGUCGUGUCCGACUCUAGGGUUGUGCGCCCAUCUCACUUAAGAGGCCGGGGGCCAGCGCUGUCCGGAGACACUUCCGGGUUACGUGGCCAGCGUGACGAAGCUGCUCUGGCGAGCGGGCACCCACGCAGCACACGGAAACACCGUUUACCUUCCCGCCAGAGCAGUACCUAUUUAUCUACUUGCACUUUGACGUGCUUUCGAACUGCUAGGUGGGCAGGAGCUGGGACCGAAAGACGGGAGCUCACCCCGCCGCGAGGAUUCGAACCGCCGACCAUGAGAUCAGCAAGCCCUAGGUGCUGAGGUUUUACCCACAGCGCCACCCGCGUCAUAUUAUUUGCUUUAAUAUCCAUUAAUUAUCAUUACUAUGUGUAGCAUUCAUAGGUUGAUGUCUCUUGUAGAACAAAGCUGUAUACUUUUUUUUAUUGCAGCACAUGCCCAAAUUUAAUUCUAUUUCCAUCAGUGGAUACCAUAUGCAAGAAGCUGGAGCUGAUGCGAUUUUGGAAUUAGCUUACACUAUAGCUGAUGGCUUAGAGUACUGCAGAACUGGACUCCAGGCUGGUCUCACUAUUGAUGAAUUUGCACCAAGGUACAUCAGUCUGUCAUCUUUGUCCGGGUGAAUCUAGUUUUUAAUUUCAAGACUGGGCUCUGGUUCCAAUGUAUAAAAUGGUUUGAUGCUAUAGCAAGUGAUGUACAAACCUUUUGUUCUCCUUAUGUUGGAAUCUGCUCUGGAAGGUUCCCCCAGUCCCCUGGAAGAGAUCUUGAAGGAGGGACUGGAGAAGAGGAGGGAAGUUCCAUUGCACAGGUGGAAGCCUGUUGCUUGAAAUGGAACAACAGUGUUAGAUACAACCCACCAUUUCCAACCCCAGGAUAAAUGUGGCCAUCUGGUGGCUUCAUGGGAUUGAUCUAUCAGCCAUGACUGUUGGUUGUGAUCAGAACUUUCUGCGAAUGUACUCUUGAAAACUCAGCUAUCCCUUUAGUAUUUCCAAGACAGGCUGAAGGACACAUCUUUCAAUUUUGGGUUCAAGAACAUUGUUAUUUAUAUGUACUGUAUAAUCCACAGUGUAAUUUGUUCCUUAUUCUACUCUGUUAAGACCAUUUUGCUCUUAUUCUAGGCUGUCUUUCUUCUGGGGAAUUGGUAUGAACUUCUACAUGGAAAUAGCCAAGCUAAGAGCCGGGAGGCGGCUUUGGGCUCAUUUAAUAGAGAAAAUGUUUCAGCCCAAGGACACCAAAUCACUUCUCCUUCGAGCUCAUUGUCAGACUUCUGGGUGGUCACUAACUGAGCAGGUAGGAAUCCCAUUUUAAUUAUCUACCCCAAGUGUAAUAUUCAGAGUAGUAAGUAUAGUGGUGCAUGCUCACAGAUAAUAAAGCAGUAGCUUUUCUAACUCUGGGUGCCUUCGAACAGCUUCUGUUAAAAGACCAAGAGAAGAAGGAAGGAGGAAGUAGUAUUGACUACUUAAUGUCAUUACUGAAUAAGAUUUUGCUCAGCUUUCCUACAUCCUGAUAUUUAAUUAAAUUUAUUUUAAAUGUACAUGCAAUUUAAAUGUAUCUAAAUGUGUGGUUAACAGUGGUGUACAUUUAGGAGGAAGUCAUAUUUAGCUGGUGAGCAAUUCUGAAUACGGCCAAACAGUACAAUUUCUGCCUCCAAUCUCCACCAUUGAAGGGGGUUAAGAUAAGGCAAAAGGGACCCUUCACCAGGGAAGGCUUUGUUGCUGUGGCAGUCCUCUCUGCCCCAGUGGGGCAAGAAUCUACCUCUGGCAGUGGCCUGUGGACAAGCCCCAAAAGGGCAUUUGAGGAUAGGGACAGGACACUGGUAGGUUUGGAUCGGCUGGAUUCAAGUUUCGUGAAUCCCCUGAGAGGCAGCAAAAAAAGUAAAGGUAGGGGAGCCCAGUUUUUUUAAUUGCUAAUCUACUGCCCUCUGUAUAUUGGUGUACUAUAUUCCUUACAAAUGCUCUGGUUUUUCUUCUAGGAUCCUUAUAAUAACAUCAUCCGCACUACAAUUGAGGCAAUGGCAGCUGUUUUUGGCGGUACUCAGUCCUUGCAUACAAAUUCAUUUGAUGAAGCUUUGGGAUUGCCGACGGUGAAAAGUGCUCGAAUUGCCCGGAAUACCCAGAUUAUAAUACAGGAAGAGUCUGGGAUUCCUAAAGUCGCAGAUCCAUGGGGUGGCUCCUUUCUGAUGGAAUCCCUCACCAAUGAUCUCUAUGAAGCUGCAUUAAAGGUCAGUCUUUCGCUUUGAAGAGGGAGGCAGAGAGAAAAAGGAAGCUGGUAAUUUUAAGCAGCCUUGCAAAUAAGUCUUGAAAACUUAUUAGCCUGUAUAUUUGCAGAGCGAUCUAAACCCUUGAUCCGCUGUGUUUGGGGUUUGGAUGGGACAGAAAUGUUCCUUUGUCCUGCCCAUCUCGGCUUCUUUCCACCAUUGGUGAGGAAUGUCUCAGUGCAGCUCUGAACAGUGGGCAGGGAGAAGUUACCAUCACUGGCUGGCAGAGUUGAUCCUUUGCCAACCCUGCUGUUCUCAUGUGACUGCAGCAGAUGCAUUCUGGGCCUGCACCAGCCUGGGUGCUGGCAUAGCGAAAGGAUAUUUCUCUCUCUCUCCCUCCCACUUUCACAAUGACUGGUCAGAGGUUUGGAUUGACCUCUUGGGCAAUCCAAACUUAGGAAAUGCCAAAAAUAAGAGAAUAGGGACAUGGGUGGCACUAUGGGUUAAACCGCAGAGCCUAGGGCUUGCCGAUCAGAAGGUCGGCGGUUCGAAUCCCUGCUCAUGUUGUUUGGUCUCAGCUCCUGCCAACCUAGCAGUUCGAAAGCACAUCAAAGUGCAAGUAGAUAAAUAGGUACCGCUCCAGCGGGAAGGUAAACGGCGUUUCCGUGCGCUGCUCUGGUUCGCCAGAAGCGGCUUAGUCAUGCUGGCCACAUGACCCGGAAGCUGUAUGCCGGCUCCCUCGGCCAAUAAAGCGAGAUGAGCGCCGCAACCCCAGAAUCGUCCGCGACUGAACCUAAUGGUCAGAGGUCCCUUUACCUUUACCUAAAAUAAGAGAACUACAUGCUUUCCAAUUUACAUACCGUCCUGAUUAGCAGGAACAACAUCUUGCUUGACUUAGGUGGGUAAACAAACAGCUAUUCACAAACCUGGUUUUAAGAAAUGCCAUUUGGAAGGGUGAGCUCCUGAUUGUUCCUUUGCAAGUGGAACUCCCUUCAGUGCUGUACAGUUCCUCAGGAAUUUCCCCAUGGAAACUACCCAGUGCAUCGGGGAGGGGUUUGUUUGUUUGUUUUUGAAGCACCGAAACUGCUUGUAAAAGCAAGAGGGGGAACUCUGUGAUCAUCAGCUGAAGGGCAGUAUACAAAUUUAAUAAUUAAUAAUAAUAAAAUAAUGCUUUCAAUGGAAACUGCUUUGUGUUUCAGGGCACACUCCCAGCACCAGUCAGCUGAUUGGACUUGGGAGCAUACCUUCAAAGGAGGUAGCUGUAACUGCCCAUCAGCUGGGCAGUUUGCAACAAUCCCCUUUGGACUUUGACACCAGAGUGUGAGAGUCUUAGGGAGCCAGCACACUGGCUGGAUGCAGUUCCCCACCCCUGGUCUUAAAUGGUUGCAUUUCAUCUGUCCCAGUUUUGUAAGUAGUUCCCUUGCAAAUAGUGGGGUCAGAGAAUGUUGCUUUAAUGGUGAUUUUAGUGCUAGGCAGCCACAUACUGAGAGUCAUUAACAGUAUCCAAAUUUUGUUGUCUGGUUAGCUCAUUAAUGAGAUUGAGGAAAUGGGUGGGAUGGCCAAAGCUGUAGCUGAAGGAAUACCCAAACUUCGAAUUGAAGAGUGUGCUGCUCGGAGACAAGCCAGGAUUGAUUCUGGUAAGGAAAAUGGACACUAUUUAAACACAACAUACACUUACGUAACUGCGCAGCCGCAGUCUGCCAGACAUAUAGACAAGUAUCAGUCUUGAACUUGAAUACCUUUAUUCAUAUAUUAAGACUUAAGUUCCCGUAACUCUUAAAACUCUAGUCCAAAAUUAGGAGAAUGAAAAUGUAGAAUCCAAGUUGAAUUUCAGCAACACUUGCUAGUAAGAUAAGUCUGUCAGUGUAUGAAAUAAAAUCCUUUGGAAACAGUAGUACAGUGGUACCUCCAGUUACGAAUGGGAUCAAUUCCGGAGGCCUGGCCAUAUCCCGAAAAUUUCGUAACUGGAGGACCGCUUCUGUGGACACACGCGGCGGAGGUUACACAACACAAGGUACCACUAUAGUUGCAUUUGUUUUUUGCCUGUCUGAGCUAGACACCAUACGUGAAACAAUGGCUGGGUUCCAGUGAACUCUGCAACUAGUGCUGCAAGCCCAGGGGAAAUUAUGUUUCUCAUGCGGUCCCCAUGCUGCAUAAUGAACCACCUACUAAAAGGGGGUGGGGGGCUUUCAAAAAGUAGUUUAUAUUUUUGAACUGGUUUUCAUUGCCCUAUACAAGUCCUCUGUUUCAUAGGGGAAUUGUGUAUUUUCUGGCUGCUAUAAGGGACAUGGGUGGCACUGUGGGUUAAACCACAGAGCCUAGGACUUGCCGAUCAGUAGGUCGGCGGUUUGAAUCCCCGUGACGGGGUGAGCUCCCGUUGCUCGGUCCCUGCUCCUGCCAACCUAGCAGUUCGAAAGCACAUUAAAGUGCAAGUGGAUAAAUAGGUACUGCUUCAGCGGGAAGGUAAACGGCGUUUCCGUACGCUGCUCUGGUUUGCCAGAAGCAGCUUAGUCAUGCUGGCCACAUGACUCGGAAGCUGUACACCGGCUCCCUUGGCCAGUAAAGCGAGAUGAGCGCCGCAACCCCAGAGCUGGCCACAACUGGACUUAAUGGUCAGGGGUCCCUUUACCUUUUAUAUGAGUAUCUUGCCUGUGACUUCAUAUUGCACAGCUAUUUCUGUUAAUAGCAUCCACUGUUUCUUACAUUGUUCGUGGGUCCCAUUGACUUUGGCUUUUCUGUAUUUGAGGUUUCCUCUCCUUUGCAAUACAGAUCGCGACACGUUCACCUGCGUGGAAGCAUUGCAGUUUCUACGUGCAUGCAAGCUGAAAAUCUUAGCUACCUAAAUUAAAAUUUGAAUGCGGUUGGUGAAAAAGCUUUCAGGUUGUGUUUUUCUUUUUGGAAAUCUGACUUCAUGUCGCGGCUUGAUAGAAACUUGUUUUAUGUUGUCAGUUUCUGAAAUUUAUUUUAAAUCCUUAACGUUUGGGAAAUACCCAGGUUCUGAAGUAAUUGUCGGAGUGAAUAAAUACCAGUUGGAAAAAGAAGAGACUGUUGAAGUUUUGGCAAUUGAUAACACUUCAGUCCGUAACAAACAGAUUGAAAAACUUAAAAAGGUACGUGUUAGAGAUUUAAUAGGUGAAGUAAUAUUGACAUUAUAAAUCAGCAUACAGUGUUAUUUUAUAUUUGUGUCAAACCAUAUUACAGUUAAGAAUACUUCUUAAUAUGCUUAGGAUCACUUUGACCGAUUGAAAUAAUAUGCAUUUUCCAUAUUGCAUGCUCUCUCUCUCUCUCUCAGAGAAAAUAGCAUUUUAAUACUGUUCUCUACUCCCUUCUUUCCUGAAGCCCCUCUCUUGUCCUGUCUAUCUAUGUCUUGUAGCUGGGGAAACCCAGCCAGAUGAGUGGGGUAUAAAUAAUAUGUUGUUGUUGUUGUGUGUUGAUAGCUAUUAAAAAAAUUACAUACUUUAAUUGCUCACAAAUAUAGUAUAACACUUCAGAAGCUGAACAAUUGACAAAGUCAAAGGUAGUGGCUUAUUUCAGUCAUAGCUGGAGGUUGUAUAGCUAAUAUUCUGUUUGGGCUUUUUUACCAGAAUAGGCAAAUACAUUAUCAAACUACUAUUGUUGAUUUUGAACAUUCCUGAUUUUCAUAAACAAAGCUUUGUUGCUUUUUGUUUCUGGACCCUUCAUUUUAUUUUAAAUGUUACCACCUUCCUAAAUUGACUGCUAGAAUUGUGUUAGAAAACUGUACUGAACCUGUUUAGUUUGCAGGCUGCAUCCUCCCAACACACACACACAUAUUGGACAGAUGAUUAAUUAGCAUUGAUGGUCAGGAUGUAAUUUUUAGAACUAAAUAAUGGCAUGUGUGUGCAAUGCCUGGGUUUGUUCUUUUUCAGUGAUAGUAGAUGUCAGCAAAGUUCCCUGAUUGGGAACCUCUUAGACGCAAACAAGUGAAUCUGCAUCUCUGUGAAGGUUUCCUAUUUUGGGGCUUCGGAGCAUAUCUGUUUGCAUUAUAUCAAAGGCAAUGAGUGAUAUUUCCUUUAAGUUUCAGGAGUGACAUUUAUGGCAAGAUAGAUAAACUGCUGGCACCAAGGAGAUGUACUGAUAUAGGUCUUAUUGAAGCUGGUAAUCUAAUAAAUAUUGAUUACACGAGUCCUCUUCAAACUCUUUUUUACAAAACAGUCGCUAUUACUUACUUACUCAUUUACUUUGAUUAUUUAUAUCCCACCCUAUAACCAAAGCUCUCCGUGUGGCUUACAAUAUAAAAACAGCACAAAUUGUAUAAAAGGGACAACUUGAGCAGAACCAGGGAGCCCUAUAGAAUUAUGCUGCAAACAGUUCUUGGCUGUUGUAAAGUUUUGCUUUUGUGUCUUUCCUUGAAGGUGAAAGCUUGCAGAGAUGAAGUUGUAGCGCAGCGCUGUCUUGCUGCCCUGUCAGAAUGCGCCGGCACAGGGCAAGGCAAUUUGCUGGGCCUAGCAGUGGAAGCAGCACGUGCCAGGUACUGGGGGAAAUACUGUGCAUUUAACCCAAGGGUGGUUCAGAGCAUCUCUCCCAGGCUCUGACUAACUCCCUGUGGCCUGCUCUGGCAGUGCAUAAGUCAUGUGUGUGACUAGAGAGAUGUUUUCAGUGGUGGAAAGGUCCAGAUUUAAAAGGCAUUAAGCUGUGAACCUCACUAUGGGAAGUCAGUCUCUCAGCCUGAUUUCCUUCACUGAGGGGCAAAGGGGUGGGGAUUCUGAAGCUAAAUCAUCACUCUGAGUUCUUUGCAGGAAAACCAGAAGAAAAAGACAACAAAUUUUUAAAUAAAUAAAACCCGAAUAAAUAUCUAAGGGAGGAGGGAAGCCAGAAGCAGCCAUAACAAAUAUUUUGCUCCUUUAUAUUCUCAGUGGAGCAUUUUCAAGACUGCUGUGGGGAGGAUGACUGGGAAGUCAGGGUCCACAAGCCCCAUUGUAUGUGCUUAGCUUUGGGUCCAACUAAGGCAUCUCCUAGGAGCGUUUAGCAUAGCUCUACUGAACAUUAAUACACCAUUCUAACUUCCGAUAGGGGACGCAGGUGGCGCUGUAGUGUAAACCACAGAGCCUAGGGCUUGCUGUUUGGAAGGUCGGCAGUUCGAAUCCCCGCGACGGGGUGAGCUCCCAUUGCUUGGUCCCAGCUCCUGCCAACCUAGCAGUUUGAAAGAACGUCAAAGUGCAAUUAGAUAAAUAGGUACCACUCCGGCGGGAAGGUAAAUGGCGUUUCCGUGCGCUGCUCUGGUUCGUCAGAAGAGGCUUAAUCACGCUGGCCACAUAACCCAGAAAAACUGCCUGCGGACAAACGCCGGCUCCCUCGGCCAGUAAAGCAAGAUGAGCGUCGCAACCCCAGAGUCGUCUGCAACUGGACUUAACUGUCAGGGGUCCCUAACCCUUUUUAACUUCCAAUAUUGUGGAAUUGGGGAAAGUUGAGAUUAUGUUUGCUGUGAUUAGAUUAUUGUAAUAUGAAACUAUUGUGACAAGUGCCAUUGAAAUAGGUGCUGAGUUUUUAUUUCUUUUUGUUGAGGUGUGUUUACUCAACCUUAAUGUUUGGGCUGCAUAUAUUUUUUCAGAUGUACAGUUGGUGAAAUAACGGAUGCAAUGAAAAAGGUGUUUGGUGAGCACAAAGCCAGUGACCGCAUGGUGAGUGGAGCUUACCGUCAGGAGUUUGGGGAGAGUGACGAAAUUACUCAAGCAAUCAACAGGUAAGGUGUGCUGUUUCUAUGGAUUAAAUCAGAUGGUGUGCUAUCAGGCUUCCAAAUUUUUGCAUGCUACGAACGUAUGUCCCAUCUCACUUCCAAAGUUUUAGAAUAUUUAAACUAAACAGUAGUUUGUAUUUCACAGAAUUUCUUACACUUCUCAAAUUUAAGGCACUAAUGCUAGUUCCUGUCAUCUCAAGGAUUUCCGCUGUGCCCUCUUCCCUCCAGAGCAGAUUGAGGGGGGCACAAGAGGCAGAGGGGGGAAGCCCGUCUCACAGGUGGAAAUCCUAGCGCUGAUGGGAGGUAUUCAUUUGAUACUGCCCUCUGUAAUUUCUGCAUUUCUUUUAUCUUCUCCAUUUUUAAUUGGGGGAUUACAUUCUUUUAUUCACUUUAUAAGCCAACCAUUUUUACUUAAUAAAUGUUCUUCCAAAUUUUAUAAAGUCAAACAAUUACCUUAAAGCUAUUACCUCUUUGCACAUGUCUAAAAUGGGUGGGUUUUGUUUUGUUAAUGCUGGGUUUUCAACCUUACUAUGUUAGUUAUGUUUGUUAUCAGGUUUGUUCUGCAAAUUCGCUGUAUUUAUUAAUUGGUUAUGGGAAGUAUUGUAAACUAGACAUUUAACAAAAUAAACUCAUCGCCUUUAAUUUAAGGCUGUUGAUGAUGAGGAGAACCUGAUAAAAUACCAGGCUGCGUUCAAGGUCUUACCAGUAGUAUAUAAAGCCCUUAACACCUUGGGACCAGUUCACCUGCAAGGUUGCUUUAACCCAUAUUUUCCCACUCAGCCACUUCAUUCUGCAGAACUGGCAUGGUUACGGGUACCACAUAAUACUUGUUAAUAAUAAUAUCCUUCAGCGUAGCCACAUCUGCAUUUGGAAACUCCUUUCCUAGUGGCAUCAGGCAAGCACCUCUGUUACUCUGUUUGGUAAAAGCAUGCUUGUUUUGAGAGACCUACCCAAGAGAAUGGUGGUGUGUGUUUUAAUCUGUGUUUAGCGUAUCGCUGAUUUUAUUUUUUCAAUGUUUUGAAAAGGUUGUUUUUAGUUCUUUUUACUGCUAAUUUUAUUGCUUUUAUGAAAUAAAUAAAGCAAGCUCAGCAUAAUUUUGCAUCUAUUAUAUUAGGAGUUACUAGAAUUUUUUUGUGUUAUUUUAAUGUAUUCCCUGUUUUUCCUUUUGUUCCUGAUUUAUUCAAUCUCAUCAUUACCAAAUGGAAGGUAAAUGAGAGAGAGAGAUUAUAAAAUUUCCAUAUACACAUAAAACUCCAUACUACUAAUAGAAUUCAAAUGCAUAUAGAUAAAUCUUUAAAAAUGGAAGACUUUUUUGUUGUAGUCACAGCUGUCAAGAUACCCUUAAAAAUGUUACUUCAACCGUCUGCAACUUACAAAAGCAAAUUCUAAAUUCAGAGUUAACAAGUUUGUGGAACGUGAAGGUCGGAGACCACGUCUUCUUGUUGCAAAAAUGGGCCAGGAUGGCCAUGACAGAGGAGCCAAAGUGAUUGCUACGGGAUUUGCUGACCUUGGGUUUGAUGUGGAUAUAGGCCCACUCUUCCAGGUAUUUAGUCUCUUCCAUUCAAAUUGUUAUUUGUUUGUUUGUUUGUUUGCUUGCUUGCUUGCUUGCUUGCUUGCUUCUCCUAGCAAUUAAAAUGUCUGACGCUUGAAUAAAGGAUAGUUAAAAGUAAAGGGACCCCUGACCGUUAGGUCCAGUUGCGGACGACUCUGGGGUUGCGGCGCUCAUCUCACUUUACUGGCCAAGGGAGCUGACGUUUGUCCGCAGUUUUUCCGGGUCAUGUAGCCAGCAUGACUAAACCGCUUCUGGCAAAACCAGAGCGGUGCACGGAAACGCCAUUUACCUUCCCACCGGGAGUUGUACCUAUUUACCUACUUUCACUUUGAUGUGCUUUCGAACUGCUAGGUUGGCAGGAGCUAAGACCGAGCAACGGAAGCUCACCCCGUUGCGGGGAUUUGAACCGCCGACCUUCUGAUCGGCAAGCUCUAGGCUCCCAGUAAGUCAUCUGUAGGAAUGGCUUUAUUUAUUUUUUGAAUAUAUUUUUGUAUUUUAUAUUUUUGUACACAGCUAUGAGGGCCUCGGGCUUUUAAGCAAUUUAUUAAUUUGUAAAAUAAUUUUGUAAAAAAUACAUGCAGCUAUUGUUUCAAUUUCCUAUUCGCACUAAAGGUAACAACCAGAAUAUGUUGUACUGGGAUGAUUUUACAGAUUCCCGAGUUGGAAGAUGCAGUGGGUUAGGUGGGUUAUGUUCCUCUCUGUACUCUACUUUCUGGGCACCCAUACAGUGGUACCUCGGGUUAAGUACUUAAUUUGUUCCGGAGGUCCGUUCAUAACCUGAAACUGUUCUUAACCUGAAGCACCACUUUAGCUAAUGGGGCCUCCCACUGCCACCGCAUCACCGCCAAGCGAUUUCUGUUCUCAUCCUGAAGCAAAGUUCUUAACCCGAGGUACUAUUUCUGGGUUAGCGGAGUCUGUAACCUGAAGCAUAUGUAACCCGAGGUCCCACUGUAUUGUCUAACCUAAAUGCCAGUAGCAGCCUUCAGCGGUGCAUGCUGGUGUCUGUGUUUUUUUGUCGCUCUAUGAAAAAAGAAGCGUGGGUCUGCAUGCAGUGUUAGGUUUUAUGCAUUCUUCUUUCCCAUAUUGUUUGACACUUCCUUUGCUUUCUCUUCCUAGACACCCCGUGAAGUGGCCCAGCAGGCGGUAGAUGCGGAUGUGCAUUGCGUGGGUGUGAGCACCUUGGCCGCUGGCCACAAAACGCUUGUUCCUGAACUCCUCAAAGAGUUGCAUGCCCUUGGCCGCCCAGACAUUCUCGUCAUGUGUGGAGGAGUCAUCCCUCCCCAGGUACUGCGCACCACCAUCACAAGAUGGCUUGUUGUGAGAUGAUUAAAUUGUUCCCAGUGAGGUGGGGUCUCCAUCUACUUUCUCCUCCUCCUCCAGGCAAAUGAACACCAUUGAAAGGCUUUUAAAGUAACAUCUAGCUAUUGAAAUGUGGAAAUCCUUCAGCAAAUUUUGGAAAGCAUUGUAGUUUAUGGGUUUAGGGUUCACAGAACAACGCAGUUGAAAAGCAGCCUCCCAAAAGCUUUCUAAAACUGCCAAUAUAAUCAAAUAAUUUAAAAAUCACUUUUUAAAGUUAAAAAUAUUCAUAAACAUUUUAAGAAAUGAAGGAAAAAAGGGACUAGUUUCCUUUACUGACAUAGAAAAUAUAUAAUUUUUUCUUCUUCCAGAAUUUGUUUUUUUCCAGGGGGUGGUGGGGCGUUAUAAACAAGAAUAAUGUUAUACAGAUGAGUACAGUGGUACCUCGAGUUACAAACGCUUCAGGUUACAAACUCCGCUAACCUGGAGUUACCUCAAGUUAAGAACUUUGCCCCAGGAUGAGAACAGAAAUCGUGUGCCAGCGGUGCAGCAGCAGCAAUAAGCCCCAUUAGCAAAAGCACGCCCCUAGUUAAGAACAGUUUCAGGUUAAGAAUGGACCUCCGGAACAAAUGAAGUUCGUAACUAGAGGUACACUGUAUACUGUACCAAGUUUUCUUAUGUCAUUUGUAUAUCACAAAAAUAGCAUAAUAAAUAUGGGAAAAUAUCCAGAACAUAUGUUUCAUUAUUAGUGGUCAAUGUAGAAGUUCUUAGUUCAUGAAUUGGUUUAAUUAGGAAGAAGGGAAGAAAGGGCUGGAGGGGAAAAUGGCAAGUGGAGUGGUGUAGAAUUUGCUUUUCUGCUUCGAAUCUCUUGACCUUGGUAUACGGUAAUUGUUAAACCUGGCAAAAGAUUUGUAUAGAGCCACAAGUCUCUGGUUGUCUUGGAGCACAGGUGAAAAUGUUCCCCACUUUUGAUGAUUUCAUUCUUUAUGUUAGAUAGGAGCAGAGAUUGCUUGAACCUGUAGUCACUAGGACUUUGCACACAUGGCGAGGUAUACGUAGGUGAGAGCAUCACUGCUUUCCCCCAUAGCUAGCAUACUAAGUUAUUUUCCCUUCUCCAUGUGCACUACCUCCUCACCUGCCAUUGCUAAACUCUGCUCUUUUAGCAUGUGUUCUGCAGAAUUUUACUUUACAAAGUUUGCAUGCAUGUUUUAUGUCUGUUUUUCUCCUGCACAGGAUUAUGACUUCUUGUAUGACUCUGGUGUUUCCAAUAUUUUUGGCCCUGGAACCCGAAUCCCAAAGGCAGCUGUCCAAGUUCUUGAAGAUAUUGAGAAAUGCUUGGAUAAGAGGCAGCAAUCUGUGUAAACUUCUGUCUCAUAACAAACUUUGUAUCUCAUGGUGAAUCUUAUAGUUUGUGUUGAUGCAUUGUGAUCUGUUGAUAAAAAGAAGGAAUUGAUGCGAAUUCAUCUACAAUGUCUGGUGUUGCCUUAUGCUUUCUAAGAAAGUGGGAAAUUAUCUGCAAUAUUAUUACAUACAUAUGUAAAAUCUAUCAAAGAAUCUAAAUGAAAUGAGUAAAUUUUAAAAUUUUGCAUAUAAGACUUCAUUAUAUCUGAAAUACACUUCAGAUCUUUGGAUAUGCAAAUUACAAUUUAAAAUAAAUGUUACUGAUACAGAAAGGUGGUGAAAU